AAAGCAAAAGAAACCAAGAUCCAUUUGGCGGUGUUGUGCGCGCUCGGUGGAGAUCUCCGCCGAUGCGCAUCGAGCCCAUCGGCACCAGCGCACGCCCAAACAAACCCAAGCCCUGCCUCGUUCUCUCCGCCCUCUCCAACUUCCUCAAAACCCACUCGCCCUCUCGUUGGGACAUUUCGUCGAACACCUUGCGAUCAUGGACUUCGCCGCCAUGACGAGAUCCCUCUGCUCCCCUCCUCCUCUCCCCAACCCCUUCCUUCAUCUCUCGCCGCUCUCCCUCACUCUUCAUCCUCUCCGUCCCUUCACGGAUCUCUCCUUCCGCUCAGAUCUCGCUCUCAAACGCUAGUGUUCUCUCCCCUUCGCUUUCCCUCAAGAAGUCGAUCUGCUCCCUCACUCGCUGCUCCCUCUAAUGCCGAAGCCGAAACCGAAGCCGUUCCAAUCGAGAAGCAGUUCCCGCCGUUCCCGACGGUCAUGGACAUCAACCAGAUCCGUGAAAUCCUGCCUCAUCGGUUUCCGUUCCUUCUUGUGGAUAGAGUGAUUGAGUAUACUCCUGGAGUUACUGCUGUUGGGAUUAAGAAUGUUACCAUAAAUGAUAACUUUUUUCCGGGGCAUUUCCCGGAGAGGCCAAUAAUGCCUGGUGUUCUCAUGGUUGAGGCAAUGGCCCAGGUUGGUGGUCUAGUGAUGCUGCAGCCAGAAGUGGGUGGUUCUCGGGAAAACUUCUUCUUUGCCGGGAUCGACAAAGUCAGGUUCCGGAAACCCGUUAUUGCAGGGGACACUUUAGUUAUGCGAAUGACGUUGAUCAAAUUGCAGAAACGGUUUGGUAUAGCCAAAAUGGAAGGGAAGGCAUAUGUUGGAGGUGAGGUGGUAUGUGAGGGUGAGUUUCUCAUGGCUACUGGUACUGGUAGCGAGUGAGGAUGCACUUGAUUACCUCUUUGCCUUUCCCUUUUGUUUUUUGUUCUUUUAACUUUAUUUUCUGAUCUGAGGCUUCGCUUGUAUUAGGACCUAACGUUAAUGUAUUGGUGACAAUGGCAUCCGAAAGCCAUUCUUUUUUGUAAGAUCUUUCUUGCUAGAAUAAACUGACUGUUGUUGCAUGAAACAUCAUUAUAAAAAAAAAUCUCCAGAUUUUGGAAUUA